UAUAACAAGUUGUCCUACAACUUUAAGCUGUGCAUGCCAUACGCAAGAAGAAGAAGAUCCUAGUAGGUCGUGAGAAUAUUAUUUAUUUCAGGUCUCCAGAUCACCAGCAUCCAACUGUGACACCAUUGUCUCACCUUAAUUCACAGUGACUGGAGCACAGAAUAGUAGAGUCUGAUCAUGUGUGGCAUAUGGGCCAACUUUGGGAGCAAUGAAUGCCUCAUUGCCCAAUUUAGCAAAGCUAUGAAGAUAUCACACAGAGGACCAGAUGCAUUUCGCUUUGAAAAUGUCAUUGGCUUCCCCAACUGUUGCCUUGGAUUUCACUACUUGGCCAUUACUGACCAUUUGUGUGGUCUUCAGCCUCUACAAAUAAAGCAAAAUCCAAAUCUCAGGCUUUGUUAUAAUAGAGAGAUUUACAACUUCAGAGAACUUCAAAAACAGUUUGGAUUUGAAUAUCAAUCACAAGUUGAUGGUGAAGUCAUUCUUCAUCUUUAUGAAACAAAUGGAAUAGAGAAUACGAUAAAAAUGCUAGAUGGUGUGUUUGCUUUCAUCCUACUUGACACUAAAAAUCGCAAAGUAUUUAUUGGAAGAGACACGUUUGGAGUAAGACCACUAUUUAAAAUAUUCACCACUGAUGGAUGCCUUGCAGUGUGUUCAGAAGCAAAAGGUCUUCUUGAUCAUCAACAGUCUAUGACUGCACUAACAGAUAUAGUGCCUUUUCCUCCUGGUCACUAUGAAGAAUUUGAUUUGAAGCACAAUGGAAAAGUUUCCCAAAUGAAAUGUGCGCAAUUUCAUAAUUUUAAAGAUAUUCCAAAACAUAUUACCUUUGAUACAGUGGAGCAGUUGACUGCAGAUUUUGACUUGGAGAUCGUCAAAAAGAACAUUCAACUUCUUCUUCAAAAUGCAGUAAAUAAGCGUUUGAUGUCCCAAAGAAGAAUUGGUUGUCUUUUAUCAGGUGGUUUGGAUUCUAGCCUAGUUGCUGCCUUGGUUUUAAAACAGAUGGAGAAAUACAAUCAUUUAAAUUACCCUGUGCAGACGUUUUCAAUAGGAAUGGAAGAAAGUGUUGAUAUACUUGCUGCACGCCAGGUUGCAGAACAUAUUAAAAGUGAACAUCAUGAAAUUAUCUUCACACCUGAAGAGGGCAUCCGGGAAAUAGAAAACGUGAUUUUCAGCCUCGAGAGUUAUGAUGGCACUACAAUUCGUUCUGCUCUUGGAUUGCAUUUAGUGUCCAAGUAUAUACGUGAGAAUACUGACACCAUUGUCAUUUUCUCCGGGGAAGGUGCAGAUGAACUUGCAUUGGGAUAUUCACAUUUUCAUAAGAUUCCAUCAGCUGAGGCAGCUGCGGAAGAAAGUACAAGACUUCUGAAGGACAUGUACAUCUAUGAUCUCCUACGCUCUGAUAGGAUUACUGCUGCACACGGGUUGGAAGUUAGAGUUCCAUUUUUGGAUCAUCAAUUUGCAUCCUACUUCCUGUCACUUCCACCAGAAGCAAGGGCACCAAAGAACGGAAUAGAAAAAUGUAUUCUACGCAAGUCAUUUGAAGACACAGACCUCAUACCACGUGAUAUACUGUGGAGACCAAAAAUGCCUUUUGGUGAAGGAGUUUCUUCCGUCAAGAGGACAUGGCUCAGCAUAUUGGAGGACUAUGUGGAAACUCAGGUUGAAGACCAUCACUUUGAGAAUGCAGCAGAAAGGUUUCCUUUUAAUCCACCAAAUACAAAGCAAUGCUAUUUCUACCGUCAGAUCUUUGAAAGGUUUUUCCCAGGAUGUGCCGGUUGGAUUCCAUAUUACUGGAAUGCUGGAUACAAGGUUUUACCAGUUUGUGCAAUAUCUAAAGAAGAGGACAAUUCUACUGAAGACCAAAGGAAGCACAGUUGUACCAAUGGACAUGCAUUAGUCCAAUAGGAUUAUUGCUUACUAAAAAUGGCUUUACAAAAAAGACUGGAACCACAGAUUAGUGGAAGAUAGUCCUUACCAACGAUGAAUUCAUCAAAUAAUAGGAAUCAUAGCAUUAACUAGUAAAUGUUCAGGGAGGUGAAGGCAGGGGCAAAAGGGGAACUACUAAUCUAUUAGCCUAAUGUUAGUGAAAGGAAAUUGCUGGAAUCUGUGA